AUGGGGCAUGGCACGGAGCGCCGGGCCAAAACCGUGUCCGAGGCGCAGCUUCAGAACUUUUCCGCCCGCGCGCGGGCGGCGUUGGGCGCGGACUUCGAGGCCAACGUGGCGAUCUUCUUUUGGCUCGCGAAGGCGGCCUAUGGGGGCAACGUGGACGAAGACCUCCUGCUGCGGUACACCCGCUACGUCAGGCGCCAGGGCUUGGCGGGCUCCGAGGAGCAGCUGGUGAAGGUGCUGCGGAGCCUGAUCGGCGUGUCUCGGACUCGGGAAACGUUCCCCCCCCCUUUGCGGGGGGAGACCUCCCGCAUUUUUCUGGCGGCUUUUUAG